CUAAAAUUCUCGUCACAUGAAGUCGAGUAUAUGUUUCUAAUUGUUAAAACAAUUAAAACCAAUUCAAUGUCCAGGACUUUAAAACGAAAAAGUGUAACAUGUUUGCCACAAUUUUAAACUCGUUAAAGUACGGAAGUGUGAAUGCUAACAGAAGUGUUACGUUAGUGCUACGACAAUGUCAUAGAGCAGCAGUUCUACAGGAAAUUGGAAAACCUUUGGUUUUGGAAAAAGUAAAACGAAUCGAGCAGCUAAAACAUGAUGAGGUUCGCAUAAAAGUUCACUACUGCAGCCUUAACAAAACGGAUGUGCAAAUCAUUUCCGGUCAGCAUUCGGAGUUGAACGUUCCCCUGCCGUUCAUUCCUGGGCAUGAAGUUUCCGGUGAAGUGACAGAGAUUGGAUCCAGCAAUCCCAACUUCCUGAAGCGUGGAGAUCGAGUCGUUGCGAUGAAUGACCUACAGGACCCGAACGGGGGUUUGAUAGAGGAAAUGGUGGUUAAAAAUCGAGACGUAUGGCCGGUUCCGUCAGAAAUUCCCCUACGUGAAAUGACGGUAAUGCCUUACGGUCAUGGAACGGCACUGUUGACGUUCGCCGCAUACUGUCCACUGAAGGAGAACGAUUUGGUUCUGAUCACUGCCGGUGCGGCCGGAAUGGGGCUGGCCGCGAUUGAUCUGGCUGUUAAUGUUUACAAAGCGAAGGUGAUUGCUAUUUGCGAUACGGAGAGUAGUUCGGAUUUGGUGAGGGAGAAAGGGGCCCACAAGACGGUUAGCAUCGGUAAAAGUUUCACGAAACUGUACAAGAACAUAGCGGACGCAAUGGGAGAGAAAAAGGCUAAAGUGGCGUAUGAUGCAGUUGGAAAUGGAUUGCUGCAUUUGUUGGCUGAUUUUGUGGACCCUGAACAAGGCCAGAUGUUUUCGGUGGAUCCUUUCUACAACCUUGAGCAGCUUAAAGCUUCGAAACCGAAGUAUGAUCUUCCAAAGAAAAAAGAACGCACGGAAGAAGACGAUCAAAGGGCUGGCAGUUUGAUCGACGGUAUCAAACACGUCGAUCUAUACGAACAUCCAGAUGAGGACACCUACCGGCAGAUGAUAUCCGAUACGAUCGAAAUGCGCGCCGAGGGUAUGAUUGCUGGCCAUAUUAGUAAACUAUUUCCGUUGAAGAAAAUUCAGGAUGCAAUCGAUUUUAUCGAGAAGAAACAGUGCACCGGCAAGGUACUGAUUGACGUGAAGUGCAGCGAUGAAGAUGAUUGUGAAGAUGAAAAAUCGGACACUAAAAAGAAGGAGGAUAAGAAAGAAGAUUAAAAAUUAAAAUACUUCAAUUGUUACUUAAUCUAUCGUGUUAAUCGUUUUAAGUUGAAUAUUUAAUAAGCGCUUUUUUCGAAAAAUUUAAGAUACAUAUAGCAUUUGAUAUGUUAACGGCAUGCACGGUAUUCGGUUUGUACCAUCCAGUUUUUUUGGUACGUUUAUUUCAACGAAGCAAACUAAACUAAGAAUAAAGCAAGGAAAACUUUAGUUUCGACAGAAGAUAUCUUAAAGAUAAAACGACUGAAAAGGGAAAAGGUAAAAUGUUGAUAAGUGAGUGGUCGUGAGCUCGAAGUUCAGUAGCAUAAGGCCGCUCGAUGUUAAAGGACUUAAGCAUGAGUUUAUUUCGCUGCUCCUUUCCCUCGUACUGAACAAUUCUGCAUUACGAACAAUGAAGCCUCUUGUUCAGGUUAAACUUAACACGUAGCAAUUAAUAAGAGCAUCUAAUAAAUAAACAUAUCGCACCUUGAAAAGCGAUAGUG